CUUACGGUUUUCUUGGCGUGUGGUGCGAUAGCGGUGCGCGAUUUUUGUUCUAAACGCCGACGCAAAAUUCAUAAAUAUACAUACAUAUGUUAAAUUAUUAAAAAUUAUGUAAAAAAUAAAUAUUUGUAUGUAUGGGCAACGGUCUGUUUACAAUUUGAUUGAGCCUUGUGCCUAAUUCAAAGUUGGCAAGUGUUGGUGUUAAGUGUAUUUGAGCGUGUGCGUGUGUGUGUGUGUGUACAUAUUUGUUAUUCGCGCGGCAAAAAGAAGAGAAAAAAACAAAACGAAGCAAAAGUAAACAAGAAAACAAGGCUGCAACAAUUUGCGGCACAAAAAUGUUAAGCAUAUAAACAAAACACAGUAAAUUUUAAGCAAUAGCUGCUUUCUGUGUAAGUGCGUGAGUGUGUGAGUAUCUUAUUUUAACGUGAAAAGCAAGACCAACAACAAAAGGAGCAGCAGCAGCAGCAGCAUCAGCCGCAGCAGCAGCAGGCAGCGCAGCAGCGGCAAAAUGCCGGCGACAGCGAAUUUGUGUUUGUUGUUGUUGCUGUGUUUCGUCGUAGUCGCCAGCAGCAAAUCGAAGCAGCAACAGGAGUUCAGAUCCUCAAAUGCAAAGACAACAACAACAACAACAACGCUCAGACCCUUGACUGACAAAGGUCCCUGUCCAGCCUCGUAUUUCACAUGCAACGAUGGUUUUUGCAUACCGAUGCGCUGGAAAUGUGAUUCCAAGCCGGACUGUACGGAUGGGUCUGAUGAGACCAGUGAAUGCGCCAAGUCACCCAAAUGCAACGAGGGGCAAUUUCACUGUGGCCAAAGCUUGAAGUGCAUACCCCUGGCAUGGCUAUGCGAUGGGGAAUACGAUUGCGGGAAGGGCGACAUAUCCGAUGAGACGAACUGUCACGAUGUCGUUGCGCCCAAGUGUCGCGCCUUUGAAGGCGAAUGCCACAACGGCGCCUGCAUCGAGCUGUCGCGCUUUUGUGACAGCCACUGGGAUUGUGAUAACGAUGAGCUGCAUUGUGAUAAGCAAAAUGCCGCUUGUGCUGCCCUCAACUGCAGCUACAAUUGCAAAUUGACGCCGCAGGGUGCACGUUGCUAUUGUCCGGCCGGACAAGUGCCCGAGUCCGUGAACUCGACGCGUUGCAUGGACUACGAUGAGUGCACCGUGGCAGGGACAUGUGAUCAACUGUGCCGCAAUACGCCCGGUUCCUACGAGUGUAGCUGCGUCUCUGGCUACACAAAGCUGGGCAAGCGCUGCCUGGCCAUAAACGUGCCACCAUCGGAGGCAGCAACACUGACGCUGCUAUCUGCAGGCGGUAUUCGACGCAUCAGCACUGCUCCUGGGAACGGUGAGAUGCCAUUGAUGUCCUCACAGGCUUCUCAAUUUGUGCUUGCCUUCGAGGUGUGGCAUCGCAAUCGAACGCUGUGCACCCUGCAAAAGAUGUGGACCGAGCUGACCAUGCACUGCCAACGCAUCGAGGAUGCCAAUGUCAAUUGGACGCUGCCCGUCUCCGCGUUCAUCUCUCCACAUCAAUUUUUCGUCGAACUACGCUUAGACUGGCUGUCAGGCAAUUGGUAUUUCCUGAACGAGGACGAGGGCAUGGUGUAUCUGUGCAACAACGCGGUAACCUUUUGCCGCCUCAUACUACAUCAAGUGGAGCAUCCAUCCUCGCUGGUGCUCGACCCCACCAAGGGCUAUCUCUUCUAUACGGAUUGGACACCCAGCUUAUCCCGUGCCCUGCUCGACGGCAACAAUCGCACAACACUCGUCAGCACGCAGAUUUAUCAUCCCAGUAGCGUUACAUUGGAUUUGGCCAGCGAGCAUGUCUAUUGGAUUGAUGUCUACAAGGAUGUCAUUGAGCGGGUUAACUAUAAUGGACUGCAGCGCUGGACAUUGAAAAAGUCACCAAACUCACCGGUGCCAUUGAAGACCAUCCAGGCGGUGGAGAUAUUCGAAAACACAAUUUAUUUGGCACCAUGGACGGACAGGGCCAUCGUUGGACUGGACAAAUUUACGCUGAAGGCGCGCGUGCUGUUGGCGAAUGUGACGCGUGGCACAAAUUUUCGGAUUUUCCAUCGCCAGAAGCAGCCAGAGGUGGCGCAUCCGUGCCGGGAGGACAACGGCAAUUGCAACCAGAUUUGUGUGCCUCUUUGGAUACGAGGAUUUGCGAGCGCCAAGUGCCUGUGUACGGCCGGCUAUAAAUUGUACAAUCAGACGACCUGUUUACUUUCCGCGCACGAUAAAUUUCUGGUGUACACCGACAAGCGUUUGGUUCGCAUCACUGGCGUGCCGCUGGAUACCGAGCAGGUGCAGCAGCUGGAACAGCUUGGCGAGCAGCCCGAUGUAAUGGUACCCAUUUACAAUGUCUCCGGACCGAAGGCCAUCGAUGUAAAUGUGCGUGGCAAAUCCAUUUUGUAUGUCAUACCCGACCACGAGGCAUCCCCCCUCAGCUCCGAUGAGCCCGCUUAUACCAUCAAGAGCCAGUCUCUCAAUGGCAGCGUAUCGCGCACCCUUUCCACGGGCUGGCGUCAGGUGCAUGCCAUUGCCUACGAUUGGAUUAACGAGCAUUUGUACUGGACGGGUUAUCGAAAGCUUCGUGUCGCUCCGCUACGUAAUAUGAGCAAAGUCCUUACCUUCAAUCUGGACUGUGAUGCCAUGUCACUGAAGGUGGAUCCGACUACCGGUCUUCUCUACUGGACACAAUGGGCAUUUCAAUCUUGCGAGGCGGGUAUCUACAGUUCUUGGAUGGAUGGCACACACAAGGAGUUGCUGGCGAAGUCAUCGGAUGGGAUGCCAAUGCGAUGGCCACGUAGCUUGGACGUGGAUAGACGCACCAAGCAUAUCUAUUGGUGCGACUUUAAGCUGGGCACGAUUGAGCGCAUGAAACUGGAUGGCACUGGGAGAGAGCUGCUGUUCAAUUCGAAACAGUUCCAUCCAUUUGCCAUGGUGCAGUACAAUGGUGUUGUCUACUGGGUGGAUAAUAUAAACUCGACCAUUUGGCGCUUUCAUGUCCAUCAAACGAAUCUGACCAACACGUUUAGCUCGACGGUGCAUCUGCAACCGAAUGGCAAUGCCGUCGAUUUGCGUAUCUUUGAUGUUGCCACACAGCCACUGCCACAAACGCCCAGCGAAUGUGCAAUGUCCAAGUGUCCGGGCAUGUGUCUGAACUCGCCCAAAGGCGCCAUUUGUCGUUGCCCGGAUCGCUAUACACUCAAUGGUACUGGCACCCAUUGUAUACCACAAUUGACCCCAUCAACGGCGACUUCUCCGGCUCGCUCCAAUUGCAGCUCGGGUCAUGAAUGUCGCAGCACACAACAGUGCAUUGAUGGCAAGGAUCUCUGUGAUGGCUUUGAGGACUGUGAGGAUGGCACCGAUGAGAGCAGCGAUGCCCUGGGUCCAUGUAAUCCCCGCUCCUGUGAUAAGAAACUGCACUUUGUGUGCAAUGAGCGUUGCUAUCAGCGUGCCCUGCUCUGCAGCUCCAUUAGCUACUGCUCGGAUGGAUCGGAUCAGUUGAACUGUGAGCACAACACCUGCAAUAGCAAUGAGUUCACCUGCGAGAAGAGCGGUCGCUGCAUUCAACUCACUUGGGUCAAUGAUGGCGUCGACGAUUGUGGACCCGACGAUGGCUCCGACGAAUCAUCGGAUCUUUAUUUGGACAGCAAGUGUCCCGAGUUUGACUGCGACAAUGGACGUUGUCGUCCCUUUACCGAUAUCUGCAAUGGUGUGGACAAUUGCGGAAACGAUCGGGAUGAGUUUGCCUGCGAGCACGAGUGUGGCUAUGGAGAGCGAUAUUGUCGUUCCCUUGGCUGCUAUAGCGAUAUGCACCUCUGUGAUGGAGUCCAAGACUGCGAGGAUUUGAGUGAUGAGGCCAAAUGCAAUCAGACCAAGAGCGACAAUCAUCCGCUCACAGGCUGGAAGGAGCUCAAUGAGUGUGCGCCCUUUGAAUUCGCCUGUGCCGAUCCCUUCGAGUGCAUACCAGAGUUCCUGCGUUGCGAUGGCAUCAAUCACUGUUUCGACAAGACGGAUGAAUUGAACUGCACCGAAUUGCAUAAAACCAAGUUUGAUCUCAAUGAGACGGUCAUAUGCGAGCAUCCAGAUCGCUUGUGCGGCUUUAGCAACAAAUGCAUAACCGUAAGCCAACUCUGUGAUGGUCACAAUGACUGCGAGGAUACCACGGAUGAGGGAUUCCUUUGCGCCGACAAGCUGUGCGAACAGGGAAAUGUAUGCUCCCAUAAUUGUCAUAAUACGCCCGAGGGUUACCUUUGCUCGUGUCCGGCUCAUCUGUUUCUGCAACCGAAUGGCAAACGUUGCAGCAUGUUGCACGCCUGCGAGCACUGGGAUACAUGUGCUCAGGUCUGCGAGAACAAUGGCAAGUCAUAUGCUUGCCAGUGCCUCGAGGGCUUCGACCUGGCCUACGAUAAGUUCACAUGCAAGAGCACAGCACCCGAUGAACCCUACGUGAUAUUCACCAAUCGACAGGAUAUACGUGGCAUCAAUCUGAAGACACUCAGUGCCAGCAGCUUUUAUAGCUCCCUGAGAAACAUUAUUGCCCUGGACUUUCUGUACAACAACGAGUCCAGUGUGGAGAUUUUCUGGACGGACGUGAUAGAUGAUAAGAUCUAUCGUGGUCAAUUGGUUGGCGAAAGUCUGCGUAAUGUUGAGGCCGUGGUGCAUUCGGGCUUAUCGACCACUGAGGGAUUGGCCGUGGACUGGAUUGGCAAGAAUCUCUACUGGAUUGACUCGAAUCUGGAUCAAAUUGAGGUGGCCAAACUGAAUGGUAGCUUUAGAAGAACCUUAAUUGCCGGCAACAUGGAAAGUCCUCGGGCUAUUGCAUUGGAUCCACGCGAAGGCUUACUCUUUUGGACCGAUUGGGAUGACAAUUCACCGCGCAUUGAACGCUGCAGCAUGGCCGGAGAGGGCAGACGCUUUAUCUCCACCAAUUGGCAGCUAAGUGCUGGCUGGCCCAAUGGCCUGACCCUCGACUAUACCCAGAAGCGUGUCUAUUGGGUGGAUGCCAAAUCCGAUUCGAUAAGCAGCACCAAAUACGAUGGCUCCGAGCAUCAUGUUGUGCUGCGCAACAAGGACAUACUCUCGCAUCCAUUUGCCAUCUCUGUCUUCGAGAAUUACGUUUACUGGACGGAUUGGCGCACAACGUCUGUGAUUCGUGCCAACAAAUGGAAUGGCAGUGAUGUUCAGGUGAUGCAACGCACACAGACUCAACCAUUUGGCAUCCAGGUGCUGCACUCGAGUCGCCAGCCCUGGGAUCGUAAUCCCUGUGGCGACAACAACGGUGGCUGCUCCCAUCUGUGCCUCUUGAGCGGCAGAGGAACAUUCAAGUGCGAAUGUCCGCAUGUUAUGCGCUUGGAUCCCGCUGACGAGCGAAAUUGUGUACCCAAUGAGCAGGUGCUGCUCUUUGUCAUCGGCGAUGAAAUACGCGGAAUUGACCUACAACUGCCCAAUCAUCAUACCAUACCCACCAUCAGGCAAUCUCCAAGGCUUGUGGCGCCACAACGCAUUGAUUAUCUGGUGGAGGACAGUCACAUCUAUUGGUCGGAUAUACAACAGAACGAGAUCGCGAGAGCUGGCAUAUCCAGUGGGCUCAUUGAGCCCAUUAUCAAUACGAACAUUGAGAAGCCUUAUGGCUUUGCCAUCGAUUGGAUGGCGAAGCACAUGUAUUUCUCCUCGGGUACAACGGUAUGCACAAUUAUCGUCAGUAAUCUGCAGGGGGAGUACGUGGCACACAUUCAUGAGAACCUUAAUAUGGUGGACAGCAUUGCCCUGGAUCCGGCCAAUGGCAAAAUGUACUGGAUACACUCGACACAGGACAAAACGCUGUGGCAGCUGGAGCAAUCGAAUCUCGAUGGCUCUGGACGUCUGGUUAUACACCAGCACAACAAUAGCAUGCAAAGUCUGACCAUGGACUUUGAUUCGCAGCGAUUGUAUUACGCUUAUGAUAACUCCGGAAUUGCCUACUACGAUAUACCAAAGAAUGAGACGCAUCUGGUGCUGGUGGCCAGUCAAAUAACAUUAAUCAGCUCGCUCACCGUCUACAAUGGCACUCUCUACUUUCCCGAGAAUAUCCAAAGCGCCAUCAUGCACUGCGAGAAGGAGCAGUGUCUGAACAUGUCCUACCUGCGGGUUAACACAAAGAGCAUUCAGAGCAUGAAGAUGUUCUAUGCAGAUGCCCAAACGGGCACCAACACUUGUGCCGGUCCAUUGCGUGGUGGCUGUGAGCAUCUUUGCCUGGCCAUAUCUUCCUCAGAUCAUGUUUGUCGCUGCGCCUUGGGCUAUGAUGUGGAGCCACAUAAUCCCACACGCUGCGUACCACGUGCCGAGUUUAUAUUCUAUUCCAUUGAUGUGAUGCAGGGCGUGGAAAUGAUUGAUCCCAGUGAACAGUUUGAGCCACCCAAGCCGGCUCUUGUGCCCAUCUCUCGCAUCGGCUUGGCGAGCUUCAUUGAAUACCAUGCUGCCACAGAUAUGCUUUAUUGGGGCGACAAUGAUUUCGGUUCCAUUUCGCGGGUACGUCGUGAUGGCACACAACGGGAAACCAUUCUGCAUUCCAUUAAUUUGGGUGGAUAUAAGCAACAGGAUUGGUUGGGCGGCAUGGCCAUUGAUUGGAUUGCUGGCAACAUUUACUGGAGCGACACGAAGCGUAAUGUGAUAGAGGUGUCUCGUCUGGAUGGCAGCCAUCGGUAUGUGGUUGUUGCAAAUGUGGAGAAACCAAGCGUUUUGGCUGUGGAUCCGUUGCAGGGUCUGUUGUUUUAUGUAACCCAAAAUUAUAUUGGACGCAUCGGUCUGGAUGGCAGUCAACCCUUUGUGUUGGUCAAUCAAACCCGUCCCAAUUGGGCCGUGCAUAGUCUGAUCGUUGACAUGGAUGCCACAAAGGUCUACUGGUGCGAAAGAUAUCCGGAUGCCAUCAUGAAGGUUGAUUACGAUGGAAACUUGCGUCAGCUGCUAUUGAAUGAUACUCUAAACAAGCCCGUGUCGUUGGCCAAGCUUGGAGAUUAUCUCUACUGGGCGGAGAACAAGUAUAGUGAGGGAUCCAUCAAAGUGGCGCCACUGACCAAUCUCUCGAACUCACAACUGAUACUCAAGACGAACCAGGAUGCCAUUAACGAUCUUAAAAUAUUUUCGAAACGUGUUCAACAUGGCACGAAUCCUUGUGCCCAAAACAAUGGUGGAUGCGAACAGCUGUGUCUCUUUAACGGCACCAGUGCCAUUUGUGCCUGUUCCCACAGUCGCCUCGCUGCGGAUGGCUUCACUUGUGAGCCCUAUGAAAACUUCCUGCUAUUCAGCUAUCGCAGCACCAUUGAGAGCAUCCACAUGACGGAGCAUGCCAACAAGAACUGGCCCGUACAGAUCAUAUCGAAUGCAACAAUGAUGCGUAAUGUGAUUGCCAUCAGUUAUAACUAUGAGGAUCAGCUGGUUUACUACUCGGAUGUCUUGCAGAGCACCAUCAAUCAGGUGCACUUCAAUGGCACCGGACAACGUGUCCUGGUUGGGCAGCAGAAACGCGUCGAGGGUCUGGCCUAUGAUAUGGUCAAUGAGCAGCUCUUCUGGACCUCGAAUAACGAUGCUGCCAUACGUAGCUUGGAGCUAGUGCAUCUGACGCCACAGCCCGAGAAGAAUUUGGAGCAUGUGAAAAAUGUGCUGAAAUUACAGAGCAAGGAUAAGCCACGUGGCAUUGCGGUGGAGCCGUGUCUGGGCAUGAUCUACUGGACCAAUUGGAAUGAGCAAUCUCCCAGCAUACAGCGUGCCUACCUGACAGGCUACGGGGUGGAGCGCAUUAUACACAAGGACAUCAAGAUGCCCAAUGCUCUGACUCUGGACCUGGAGCAGCAGAAACUCUAUUGGGCCGAUGCCCGACUGGAUAAGAUUGAGCAUGCCAACUAUGAUGGCACCAAUCGCGUGGUAUUGGCACAUACAACACCCAAGCAUGCCUUUGCCAUGGCCAUCUAUGGGGAUCUAUUGUUCUGGACGGAUUGGGUGCUGCAUGCCGUGGUGCGUGCCAAUAAAUACACGGGCACCGAUGUCCUCUUCCUGCGGGAGCAUGUGGCCCAGCCCAUGGGCAUCAUUGCGGUGCAGAAUAACAGCAUCAAUUGUGACUCGAAUCAGUGCAAGAUAUUGAACGGACUCUGCGAGGAUGUGUGCAUAUUGAACAAGGACGGAUUGGCCAAGUGCCAGUGCACACAAGGUGUCCUGGCUGCCGAUGGACGACGUUGCAUUGCCGCGGUGAACACAAACUGUGGCAAGUCGCAGUACACAUGCCACUCCGGCGAGUGUAUACCGCUGGAGCUGACCUGCGAUAAUGUGACCCAUUGCCUGGAUGGAUCCGAUGAGCUGCGCGAUUACUGUGUGAUUAGACAGUGUCCAGAUAGUCAUUUCAUGUGCCAGAAUCAUCGUUGCAUUGCCAAGGAGCAGACCUGCGAUGGACUGCAGCAAUGCGGCGAUGGCAGCGAUGAAUCCCCACUGCUCUGCAAAUGUGAACCAGAUCAGUUUCGUUGCGGCAGCGGUGAAUGCCUCUCCCGGAACUUCCUAUGCGACAAUAUGCGCGAUUGUCGCGACUUCAGCGAUGAGAAGCAUUGUGCCCAGCGCACUUGUGAGCAGGGCGAUGCUUUCUUUGAGCACUGUGCGAACAGCACCAUUUGCAUAAUGCCCGGCUGGCGUUGUGAUGGCGAACCCGACUGUCCCGAUGGCACCGAUGAGAUGAACUGCAGCAACUUCAAUCGCACCACCUGCGACUUGGGUCAGUUCCGUUGCGCCAAUGGACGCUGCAUUCCUGGCGCCUGGCGCUGUGAUGGCGAGAAUGAUUGCCUGGAUGACGCGGCCGAGAAUGGCAGCGACGAGUUGAACUGUCGCCCCAGCUGUCAGGUGAAUCAGUUUGCCUGCGACAACGGUUGCAUUCCCAACAGCUGGCAAUGCGAUGGCAAAAGCGAUUGUGCCGACGGCACUGACGAGGGCCCGCAGUGUCCCAGUCGUCCAUGUCGAGCUCAUUUGUUCCAGUGCAAGACCUCGGGUCGCUGCAUCCCACAAAAGUGGGUGUGCGACGGCGAGGAGGAUUGUCCCAGCAAUGGCGAUCAGGGCGCUGAGGACGAGGGACCCCAAUGUGGUGGGAUGUCCCACGUUCCUGAUUGCCAGCCACCUGCCUUCCUUUGCUCAAGUGGUCUCUGCAUCGAUUCGCAUUAUGUGUGCGAUGGCGACGAGGACUGUCCGGGGGGAGAUGACGAGUACGAGGGCUGUGAGCCAGCUUAUCCGCCGCACGCCUGUCCAGGCGGCGCUCAAAUGCACGAAUGUCAGGAUGGCAAAUGCAUCUUCAAGAAUCAAACCUGCAAUGGCAAACCGGACUGUGCGGAUGGAUCCGAUGAGCUGGACUCCCUCUGUGCUCAUACGCGUACCUGCAAUGGCACCAACGAUUUCCGUUGUAAAAACGGCGCCUGCAUCAGUGCGGAUCUGUUGUGCGACCGGAGAAAUGAUUGUGCCGACUAUUCGGAUGAGGCACUGUGCAAUAUGAAUGAAUGCCUCAUCGCGGAUAUUUGUGAACAUGAAUGCAUUGACAAGGUGGUUGGCUAUGAAUGCCGCUGUCUGCCCGGCUUUAAGCUGCUGCCCGGCAGUACACACCUCUGUACGGACAUUGACGAGUGCGAUGAGCAGCAGCCGUGUUCCCAGACCUGCGUCAAUACGCACGGAUCGUACAAGUGCUUGUGCGCCAAGGGAUACGAGCUGAGGGAUCAUCAUACCUGCAAGUCGACCAGCAACGAGACAAUGAAGCUGAUAUUCUCGAAUCGAUAUUACAUUAGGCAAGUGAAUCAUACGGGCAACGGAUCCAUACUGAUUCAUUCGCUGUCCAAUGCUGUGGCCUUGGAUUUCGAUUGGGAUAGCCGGUGUCUGUAUUGGUCGGAUGUGACCAGCACUGUGGGCACCAUUAAGCGUCAUUGUCCGGCGGAAAACAAGACACAAACUCUGCAUCAGGCAAUGUUAAAGAAUCCUGAUGGUCUCGCUGUCGAUUGGGUGGCCAAGAACUUGUAUUGGUGUGACAAGGGAUUGGAUACGAUCGAGGUAUCCCAACUGGAUGGCAAGUACAGACGUGUGCUAAUCAACGAGCAUCUGCGUGAGCCUCGUGGCAUUGCCUUGGAUCCCUAUCAACGUCACAUUUACUGGUCCGAUUGGGGCGAUAAUCCGCACAUUGGCAAGGCCGGCAUGGAUGGAUCACAGCCACGCAUGAUUAUACGCGAGAAUCUGGGCUGGCCAAAUGCUCUGACCAUUAGCUUUGAGACCCAACAGCUAUUCUGGGGCGAUGCCAGAGAGGAUACGAUUUCGGUCAGUGAUCUUGAUGGCAACCGUACACGAAUCCUGCUGGCACGCAGCAUUAAUCCACAUUUGAAUCUGCAUCACAUCUUUGCGAUUGCCGUGUGGGAGGAUCGCAUCUAUUGGUCCGACUGGGAGACGAAAUCCAUUGAGUAUUGCAACAAAUACGAUGGCCAGAACUGCUCCACAUUGAUAACAACCAUACACAGACCCAUGGACUUGCGUGUCUAUCAUCCGUAUCGCCAACAGCAGCCAACCAGUGGCAAUCCCUGCCUGCAGGCCAAUUGCUCCACCCUGUGUCUGCUGUCGCCGGAGGAGCCGUUCUACAAGUGCGCCUGCCCCAACAAUUUUGUGCUCGCCGAGGAUGGACGCACGUGUCGGGCCAAUUGCACGGCGGCACACUUUGAGUGCAUCAAUACGUACAAGUGUAUACCCUUCUAUUGGCGCUGUGACACGCAGGACGACUGCGGCGAUGGCAGCGAUGAGCCCGAGACUUGUCCACCAUUCCACUGUGAGCCUGGUCAGUAUCAAUGCGGCAACAAGAAAUGCAUUCAUCCCUCGGCCAUUUGUGAUGGCGUCAAUCAGUGCGGAGACAGCACGGAUGAGUUAAACUGCGAUAAGUUCACCUGCUUUGAGAAUCAUCUGAAAUGCGAGGCGACGGCCAACAGUUCGGCCUUCUGUGUGGACAGUGUGAAGCGCUGCGAUGGCGUACGAGAUUGUCCUGCUGGCGAGGAUGAGGCCGGCUGCACUCCGCUUGUCUGCAAGAAGGAUCAGUUCCAGUGCGGCAGCAAUCGCUGUAUGCCCUAUGUCUGGGUCUGUGAUGGCGACAUCGAUUGUGCCGACAAAUCCGAUGAGGCCAACUGCGAUCAUGUGUCCUGUGGACCCAACGACUUCCAAUGCAACUCGGGUCGCUGCAUACCGCUUGCCUGGCGCUGCGAUGACGAGGAGGAUUGUCCCAAUGGCGAGGAUGAGCCGCCCAGCUGUCACACCUCCAAAGCCACCUGUGAUCCCACCUACUUCAAGUGCAACAACUCCAAGUGCAUACCCGGACGCUGGCGCUGUGACUAUGAGAACGAUUGCGGUGAUGGCAGCGAUGAGCUCAAUUGCCAAAUGCGCAACUGCUCUGAGAGCGAGUUCCGUUGUGGCACCGGGAAAUGCAUUAAGCACGACUUCCGCUGCGACGGUGAGAUCCAUUGCGAUGACAGCAGCGACGAGAUCAACUGCAACAUCACCUGCAAGCCCAAUCAGUUUAAAUGCGCCGCAUUUAAUACCUGUAUUAACACGCAAUAUCAAUGUGAUGGCGAUGACGACUGCCCCGAUGGCUCCGAUGAGGUCAACUGCACUUGUCCGCCGGAUCACUUUAGCUGCGGGAAUGGCAAGUGCAUAAUGUCACGCUGGAAAUGCGAUGGCUGGGACGAUUGUCUGGAUGGGAGUGAUGAGAGCUAUGCCACCUGUGCCCAUAUACAUUGUCACUAUAAUGCCUUUAAGUGCGACAAUCUGCUUUGCAUACGCAAAUCAGCGCUUUGCGAUGGAGUCAAUGAUUGUGGCAAAAACGAGGAUGAAUCGGAUCAGGUGUGUGCGGCAUUGCCCAAGUGCCGGCAUGAUCAGUUCCAGUGCGAGAACAAUGACUGCAUCUCAAAGAACUUCCGCUGCGAUGGCCAAUACAAUUGUAUUGAUGGCUCCGAUGAGACGAACUGUCAGCCGCCGGUCUGUGGAUUUGGCACAUGCUCACAGAUUUGCAUUGAGAAGAAGGCGGGUCACUACAACUGCAAGUGCACGGCGGGCUAUCACAAGGGUGUGGCUAAGAAUGCCACUUGUCUGGCAUCUGGACCGGAUCAAAUACUGUUGCUAGCCUCGGAGCAGGAAUUCCGCUUCAUAUUGCCCGCCAAACAGGAGGGAACUACUGUUGUCGGCUUCUUCCAAACGGACAGCUUGAAAAUUGAUGUGUUUGACAUACUCAUCAGGCCAAAGGACACGCUGCUCUUCUGGAUUGAUUCGCAUCACGGCAAGGUGCAUACCAUGAAAAUAGCCACGCCUCAUGUGGAGGGCGUUGGCGUACGAGUGCGUCGUGACCUCAAGGAGUUAACUGCUUUUAAUAUACCCGAUCUGGACGAUCCCAAAUCGCUGGCCGUGGAUUGGAUUACACAAAUGGUUUAUAUCAUUGAUUCGCGCCACAAUCAAAUUAUUGCCACUGAUAUUGAAGGCAAGAAGUACAUCUCUCUUGUCUCCACGGGCAUGAAUCCGACGGAUAUUGUCCUGGAGCCGGAAUCGCGUGUUAUGAUCUGGUCUACGCUGGAGAAUGGCAUAUUGGUUGCCUCACUGGAUGGCAGCAACAAGAAGAGCCUUGUGGAGCGCGAUGUUGGCUGGCCAAUCAGUCUGUCGAUUGAUUAUCCAACGGGUCGAUUAUAUUGGGCGGAUUAUCGCAAGGGCACAAUUGAAACGUGUCGUCUGAAUGGCAAGGAUCGCAAUGUGGUGCGACGCUUUGGCACACGAGAGAAGCCGCAAAAGAUUGACGUCUUUGAGGAUUAUCUGUACAUCAAGCUGUAUGAUCAGAGCAUCAUUAAGAUGAACAAGUUUGGCAACGAUAAUGGCACCUAUUUGCUAAAGGGAUAUCGCUCAUCGGACAUUGGCAUUCUGCAUCCCAUGAAACAGAAUCGCAACAUUAGCAAUCCUUGUGCAAAGGAACCCUGCAAGGGAUCGCCCGCCCUUUGCAUACUAUCGACAGAAUCCGCCAAUGGGUACACCUGCAAGUGUCCCAAUGAGUAUGUGAUGACCGAGGACGGUAUUUGCAAGGCACACACCGAAAUACCCAACUACUGUCCACUCUUGUGCAAUCUGGGCAAGUGUGAGCUGGUGAAUCAUGUGCCCAAGUGCAUUUGCCAGCCGGCCUUUGAGGGAGAACUGUGUGAGCAUUAUCGCUGCUCCGGCUACUGUAUGAACUACGGACUGUGCACGGUGGCGCCAGUGCUGCCCGGAUUGCAGGAGCCACCGCCGCUGAAGUGCACAUGCCCGCCGAACUGGUCGGGUCCGCGCUGUGAGACAUCUGUGUCGGAUUGCCAGAGCCGUUGUCACAAUGGCGGCUCGUGUCUGGUCUCCGACACGGAGGGCAUGAAGUGCAGCUGCCCGGAACUGUAUGUGGGUGACCAUUGCGAGCACUGUUUCAAUCUGACCUGUGAGAAUGGCGGCAUUUGUCGGGAGACGACCACUGGAGCGCCACAGUGCGAAUGCCCCGAUGGCUUCACUGGCAAACGAUGUGAGUUUAACGAAUGCGCCGACUUUUGCAAAAACGGAGGCACCUGCAGCAUUGGGGGCAAAGGUCAGCGUCAGUGCAAGUGCCCCAGUGGCUACUACGGCGAGCAUUGUGAGGCGAACUCUUGUCGCGAUUUUUGCCAGAAUGGUGGCACCUGUUUCGAUCGUGGCCAUCGUCUGAGCUGCACCUGCCCGACCCGUUACAUUGGCGAUCGUUGUGAGUCGGAUCUGUGUAAGACUUCAAUGCCGCCGCGGUUUUGUGAUGUAUCCCAGCUGCCGCCGCGCGAUCCCUGCACGGGCAUCAUUUGCCAGAACUCCGGUACGUGUCAUGUCAUCAAAGGCAUCGCCAUGUGCAACUGUACGGAUCAAUGGAACGGCGAGUUUUGCACAAUGCCCGUGGGCGCUGACAAUCCCUGUGUGAAUCACUGCGCCAAUGGUGCUGUGUGCCAUCUCAAUGAGUACGUGAUGCCCCGCUGCAGUUGCAUUGGCGAGUGGCAGGGCGAGUACUGUGAUCUGCCGCCCCACUGCGUCGGCGAGUGCAGCGUCUGUCGCACCGGCAGCUCCAUCAACGAGUGCCUCUGUGAUAACAAGCGCAUUGUGCCCUGUUUGGGCGAAAGCGCUGAUGCGUUGAGCGGCGAACAGGAGUCGAGCAGCUUGCUCUCCGUGAUGGCAGUCAUCUUGGCAGUGACCUCACUCCUGAUUGCCUUGGUUGGCGGUGCUGUUUACUUGCUCAAAAAACACCGCAUUGCUCAACCUUUCUCACAUGCUCGCCUCACGGACAAUGUGGAGAUCAUGCUCACCAAUCCAAUGUACCGCGGCGAUGCUGAUGAAGCGCCGCCAUUUGCCCAUGAAGAUGAUAAGGGAAACUUUGCCAAUCCCGUAUACGAAUCCAUGUACGCCGAUGCCAUUGCAGAGCCAGCCAGUGUAGAAAUCGCGCUCAGUACAGCGCCAGAUGAGAGGAAGGGUCUGCUGCAGCACACGCACGACGAGACACACACACCGGACAUACUCUGAUGAUUGGACCAUGUGAGCCAAUCAGAUUGCGAGCUGUGCUAAGCGCUUCUCACUGAUUGGACAUGUCUCCAAAUCGAAAUCUUUAUCCAAAUCCAAACCGACUUCAACACGAACAAUGGACUGAUAGCGUAGCCAUAUUACGAAUUUUAUAAACGUUUUGUAUACAUUUUGUUCCCUUUAUAUUUGUUGUAGUUGGGGCCAGGAGCUAGGGGGAAAAGUCACCCAUCCAAAGAGUGCUCCUAAUGUUAUGUCCUAAAUAUUGAUGUCCUUAUACUCAUCAUUUGUAAUCCUUCUUGUCAUUUUUAUUUAAGCGCCUUUUUGUAAUUGUCGCAAAGUUUACACAAAUUUGCCUUCUUUAUAUAAUGAUUUUAACUUUAUAAAAAGCGUAUUUGUGCAUUUGUAAAUUUUUGUAGUUCGUAGACUUAGUUGAAGUUCACAUGCAGCUAAUGAAAAUUUUGUAAAUAUUUUAUAAAUUUAACGCCCACUGGCAUCCUAGUUAACAUUUAAAACAAGCACUAAACUUUUUGCCAAUUAGUGAAAAAUCAUAAUGUAAAAUCUAAAAAAAAAAAAAACUAAACAACAAUUAGCAAACAAUUGUUAAAGUGAAACUUGUCUUUUUAUAUUGACCAACAACAAAGAGAAAUGCAUUUAAAUUAAUUUUAUGAGCACACAAAAAAUAUAAAUAAAACGCACAAACUCAAAGAAAAACCGAAACAUACUGAGACCGGACAAAAACACAUGACAAACAAUACUAUAACGAACAAAUUACAUAGUCUUAAUAACAUUAAGUACAUAUAGAGGUUACGUCUCUACAUUAUAUACAUAUAUUAUAACAUUUAUUUAGUUUGUCAUCUUUUUAAAGCAAUCGAACAAACGCGAUUUACUGUAUAAAACGAAUGCUCAGAAAAAAGCCAAAUUUUAAUAAACAUUACUAUGUAAAAAUCGAAA